AGGAGGACACCGCAAUAGCAGGACAGGGAACAGUGCAGAAGUAGAGAGAGAGCGAGAGAGAGAGAGUGUUUAGUCUAAUGCAGAGUCUAUAGAGCUCAGAGAGAGAGGGGAGAACACUGUGUUGGACCUAUUUGCUCUGAGACGGGAUACAGGGCGAGAGAGAAAGAGAGAGAGCGCGAGAGUAGGAGGAAGAGAGAAAAGAAGAAUAGGACACUCAUAUACUAAACUCCUGACACACACACUCACUCACUUAUUCUCAGAGAGAGGGAGAGAGAGGGAGAGCUUUUUUCUACUAGCAGCUGCAGAGAGAGAGAGUGUAUGCGAGACUAGUGUGUGCGAGAGUAGUGUGUGCGAGAGUAGUGUGUGCGAGAGUAGUGUGAGAGUAACAGAGAGGGAGAGCCUGCCGUUCCUCUGGAGUCUACGGGACCAUGGCACCUGUCAGAGACGGAGCGGCGCAACGCUGAGUGUGUACACACACACUCACACACUCGCAAAGAGAGAGAGAGAGAGAGAGAGAGAGAAAGAGAGAGCGCGAGAGCGGACGAGGGGACGGGACAGGAGCAGUACAAAGCUAUCCCAUCUAGACCACUCUAAACCACACCCCUAAACGCUGCUACACCAAUACGGACACACCGAGCUCUUCCACAGCGUCCACUACCAACUUUAACCAACCAACCAACCAAUCAGACGAACAACCAGCAUCACACCUGUACACACCUGAAGAUGAUGACUGUGAUGAUGAUGAUGAUGAUGAUGACGGUGAUGUGUAGCUCAUUACUGCUGCUGGGGCUGAUCACUGUCAGCGCCUCGUCCAGUGGAUCUUCAUCAUCUGCAUCUUCUUCUACCUCAUCCUCAUCCUCACCCAGGAUGAAACUUACGUACAAAGAGCUCCAGCAGUUUAAUGGUAUAAAGCGGUUUGAGUUGGAGCGGUCGUGCUGCUUCGGAGCGCUCCUAUUGGACGAGGAGAGGGGCCGGCUGUUUGUUGGAGCGCGAAACUUUGUGUUGUCUCUCAGUCUGGACAACAUCGCCAAACAAGAACAGAAGAUAUACUGGCCUGCACCUGUGGAGUGGAGGGAGGAGUGCAACUGGGCAGGAAAAGACAUCAAUACGGACUGUGUUAACUACGUGAAGGUGCUGCAUCACUUUAACCGGACUCACCUGUACGCCUGCGGGACGGGAGCCUUCCACCCUACCUGCGCUUACGUGGAGGUCGGCCAGAAGGUGGAGGAUCAUGUGUUCCGGAUUGACCCGUCUCUAGUGGAGGAUGGUAAAGGGAAGAGUCCGUAUGACCCUCGACACACACCAGCCUCUGUUCUUAUUGGUGAUGAGCUGUACUCGGGCGUGGCCACUGACCUGAUGGGGCGGGACUUCACAAUUUUCCGCAGUCUGGGCCAGAAACCAUCAAUCCGAACUGAACAGCACGACUCUCGCUGGCUCAACGAGCCGAAGUUCGUCGGAGCGUUUGCGGUUCCAGAAAGUGAGAAUCAUGAUGACGAUAAAGUUUUCUUCUUCUUCAGAGAAACCGCUGUGGAAGCUCAGGGCUUCGGCAAGGUGACCUACGCUCGGAUUGGUCAGCUGUGCCGGAAUGAUAUGGGAGGACAGCGCAGUUUAGUGAACAAGUGGACAACGUUUCUGAAGACUCGACUCGUCUGCUCUGUGCCGGGAAAUGACGGCAGCGAAACACACUUCGACGAGCUUAGGGACGUCUUCCUCCUGCAGACCCGGGACAGGAAGAACCCGCUGGUCUACACAGUCUUCUCCACAUCCAGUAGUGUAUUCAGAGGCUCGGCCGUGUGUCUCUACACUAUGAACGAUAUCCGCCGGGCGUUUCUGGGGCCUUUCGCCCAUAAAGAGGGACCCAAUUACCAGUGGGUUCCUUACCAGGGUAAAGUUCCUUACCCACGGCCUGGCAUGUGUCCCAGUAAGACGUUUGGAAGUUUCGAGUCUACGAAGGGUUUCCCGGAUAAUGUGAUCCAGUUCGCUCGGCAUCAUCCGCUGAUGUUUAACCCCGUAACUCCACUGGGGAACCGCCCGGUGUUCCUGCGCACCGGCAUCCCCUACAGCUUCACACAGAUCGCUGUGGACCGGGUCAACGCCGCCGACGGACACUACGACGUCAUGUUCAUCGGGACAGAUGUCGGCACAGUGCUGAAGGUGAUCUCUGUGCCGAAGGGAAGCUGGAGCAACACAGAGCUGCUGCUGGAGGAGCUGCAGGUCUUUAAGGACUCCUCAUCGAUCAUCAACAUGCAGAUCUCCUCUAAACGGCAACAGCUGUAUGUAGGUUCUGAUACGGGUCUGGCGCAGGUUCCGCUGCACCGCUGCAGUCUGUACGGUAAAGCAUGCGCCGAGUGCUGCCUGGCCCGGGACCCGUACUGCGCCUGGGACGGGCACUCCUGCACCCGGUACCUGCCCAACACCAAACGGCGCUUCCGACGGCAGGACGUGAGGAAUGGUGAUCCGAACACACUCUGUUCAGGAGAGAACCAGAAGCCGCGAGUGGUGGAGAAGAAGCUGUACGCGGUGGAGAGCAGCAGCUCCUUCCUGGAGUGCCUCCCUAAAUCCCUGCAGGCUCAGGUCACAUGGACCUACCAGAGACACCCCAACAACCCCCGAGAGGAGGUGCGUCUAGACGACCGCGUUCUCCAGACAGACCGAGGUCUGCUGCUGCGCCGCGUUCUGCGUCGAGACGGGGGCGUGUACCAGUGCCACGCCAUGGAGCACGGAUUCACCCAGACGCUCCUGGGCAUCACGCUAGAGGUCGUGCCCUCCUCAAGCCCCUCCCCUUCAGUGCCAAAUGCCCACAGCCCCGCCCACAACCAAGGACAGUCCUCCACCAAUCAGAAGCUGUGGUACAGGGACUUCAUGCAGCUGGUGGAUCACCCCAACCUGAGCACGGUGGAUCAGAUCUGCGAGCAGGUGUGGUCACGGAAGCACGGCCAAUCGGCUAAGGGCCAGCCGGAUCCGGCCAACGAGGCUCCGCCCAUCGACCCCCUACACUCCACCCACAAAAAGUGGAAGCAUCUGAAGGAGGUGAGGAAGGGACGGAACCGCAGAACGCACGAUGGAAGACCCUCCCCCCGAGCGCCUCGGAGCGCUGGAGAGUAACGAGAGAGAGGAGAGAAAGAGAGAGCGACGAAAAGAGAGAGAGAGAGACUGAGAAAGAAAGAGAGAAAGAAAGAGAGAGAGAUCACUGGAGACAGACAAUUCUGCACAUUACAUCUCAUUUAGUGACUAUUUAUCUAUCAAUCAAUCAUCUAACACAACUCUACGUUAGAUCAUAACUCCAUUAGAUCAUAACUCCAUCUUCCUUCUGCCCAGUUAUUGCCCCACCCUAAACACUCUACUGCCCCAAUGACCCCACUUACCCCACCGAUGACCGUAUACACAGUAUACCAGUGGACAGUAUGAUCUAAAAAAUGACAUCUUUAGGAUUCUGACGCCCUCUAGUGGCCCAAACCUUUAAACAAAGUCCCAAAGUGACACAAUGAGCCCCUUCUUACACCCUGCACAAGGUGUGUCUCGAUGCUCAUUGCUAUCUUACACCCUGCCUAGAGUCUAUUUUUUUACGUCCUGUUUAAACAGCAGCAGAGCUUCUGAAUAUAUCUACACUGAUGGGCGUGGUGUUCUGGAAAUGAGGUGUGUUCAGGUACAUUUCUGGAGCUUUGCUUGUUUAUCUUGGAAACAGAAAACAGAGGAGCUCCACUGACAGAAUACAACCUAGACAGACGCCAACAGUCAGACGUUCAUCGCUAUCUUGGCAGUGAAUGUUCAACACAGCAGCACAAACCGAAAUUUUACAUCAACAAUAAACAAAAUGAAUGAAUGAGCAUGAACGAGCAGCUCAGUUUCCUCUGCUGAGAAGCGUUUGUUGAACACGUCCAGGUAGCUGCACCGUUAAAACAGCAAUCCGCCUAGUCAGAGCUCACCUGACUCUUAAAGGGAAUUAAAGGCAAGUGACACUCUGAUUGGUUUAUUUCACGUUAGGCCCAAAAUUAAACACCUAUGAUUAAUUAAGAGAAUUUGCACAUUUGGAGCCACACAAGGUGUACUUUUCCCGUCGUUACGAUAGCAAAGACACAUUGACACGCCCCCUAAAACAAGCUGCACAGUGCACGAUUGACAGCUCACCUAUGAAUAACUAAAAUAGGUUACUGUUCACCAGGAAUGGAGGUAGACAGAACGUACUUUUUCCACUAUGUAUACAGUCAUUGGUCCCUAACCCACUCUACACAGUGGACAUUCACUCAUCCACCUCACUAUAGUCACGCCCACUCAGAAGGACUGUUAAUAUAUCCAAUCAAUCAGACACAUGCACAAACACGCACAACUACACACACACACACACACACACACACACACACACACACACACAGUACCAGUCACACGUUUGGACAUACCUUAAAUUCAGUGUUUUUCCAUUAUUUUAAAAAUGUUAUUAAUUGUAGAUUAAUACUAAAUUAAUCCAAACUAUGAAGAAAAAAACAUUUGGAACAGUCUUAAUGAGGUAGAGUCACCUGGAAUUCAGGCUUUCAGUUAACAGCUGUGCUGAACUCAUCAAGAGAUAAAUACUUGAAUUUCUUGUCUCUUAAUGUGUUUGAGAGCAUCAGUGAACAGUUCUAUUUGAGUAAUGUUCUAAUCCAGAUUAUAGCACAGUUUGUUCCGAUCCUGCAAUGUGAUUGGCUGAGAGGCGUUCUAUGAGUGCCGUUAUCAGCCAGUAAUGCACUGUGACUAACCGUAGCUCUCCAUGUAUUACUCCGCCACAUACAGGUAACCUAGCAACGAUGCAGCGUUUACAUACCAAAUACAAACAAAACAGCGCAGCUACAAACAGAGCAGCAAUGGAACUAUUUUAACUGGCGGAGUUUUUAUAACCAAACAGAUCCUAUUUUCUCCUCCUGUUUUGAACUUUUUAAAAUCUUUCAAUAAACAGCAACAAUUUAACUGUGUUAUUAAGAAAUAAUACACUCGAGAUUUGUGCUAUAAUGUGUAAUAUUGGUAGUGCAUUGGCAAAUAUAACAUGUUAUAGCAUGGAUCUCAUGUAUUAUUACUUAAUUAUGGCAAGAACUACUCAACUAAGUAAAAAAAAAUACUUUAAAGGAUAACUUUGGUGUAAAAUGGACUUUUGGUGCAGUAAAACAUGAUAAAAAGUAUCCAGGAUUAAAGUAGCUCCACACCUCCUGGCUAGAAUCCGGAGAGCCAUCACAUUUAAAACAACGCAUUAAUAACUUAAAAAGUGCACAAGAAGCUUCUUAAAAAACACUGUUUACAUCAUAUAAUGCUUCUUUGUAGCUCUGUGUGCCGCCAUCACUGUACUGAUAAUGAAGACAUAUGGACAUAUAUACAUAGAUGCUGGCUGCUACGCCAGGAGACAGGCUACGUGGAGUCUAUGUAUAUAUAUGUCUAUGUAAUUAUCAGUACAGUGAUGUCGGCGCUUGGAGCUGAAGUUAGCAUUAUGGGAUGUAAACAGUGUUUUUUUUAAUAAGCUUCUUGUGCACUUUUUAUUAAUGUUAUUCAAUGCUUCAAUUUAAAUGUCAGGGCUCUCCGGAUUCUAGUAUGGAGGUGUGGAGCUACUUUGAGCUGGAUAACGGUGUUAAAUGUGAUUUAUCGGGGCAAAAUAUAUAGAGUGCUUGGCAAAAAGCACUAAAUUGCUGUAUCUCAGAAAGCUGCAGGAGAGCGGAGGGGGGCUAUUAAACAAAGAUAAGAACUUUAUAUCAUGUUUUACUACAACAAAAGUCAAUUUAACACCAGAGUUCAGACCUUUAAGAAACAAUGAGGGUCAGUCAAUCUAAAAAAAGAAGAAUUUCAAGAACUUCAAAAGACCAUCAAAAACGUAUGUAAAAAUACUGAUGAUUAAACUGGCACUCAUCAGAACUGCAAGUUAACAGCUCCCCAGAUAAGAGCUAGUUAAUCCUUCUUCACAGAGUAUUUUUGUUUGUUUAACACUGUUUUUAAGUUACUACAUGAUUCCUUAUGUGUUCCUUCAUAAUCUGAUAGAUCACUUCACUAUUCAUUUACUAUGUAGGGAAAUAAAGAUAAAUAUUAAAACAUUGAAUAAGUAGGUGUGUCCAAACCGCAACACUAUAAACACUCUUCCCUUUAAGCUACACACACACACACACACAC